AUGCUAGACCUGUAUGGUGAUAUAAUGAGCCGAGAAGAUCUGCUGAAACUUGAUUCGCAGCCCAAUCCUUUUAACUACAGCGGCCGAGUUUCACAAACCCAGCGUGUUCUCAGUAAGGAGGUCGCCAUGCAGACCAUCCCGCCUCCCGACCAGACGUUCUCCGCCAACGCCGGCUUCGCUGAAAUCUACGACGCCUACGAAAAAGAUUAUUCCGGUGAAGAAACCGAGACACCACCAAUGUUCCAGAAACCAGGGUCAGAUCAGACCUCCUCAGGGCUUCCUUCUUCACUGCCCUUGCAGCCUCCCGUGGACACAGGGGGCGAGGAGGAGAGUGAUCUCGGCCCAGUGUUGCCAGCUGUUAUGACUCUGGAGAGGAUGGUCAAUCAGAAUAUCUUUGAUGACGUUACGCAAGAUUAUAAGUACUGGGAAGACAUAAGCGACGAACACAGGAAUCUCGAAGGCUCUCUGCUCCCCCUGUGGAAAUUUACCUGCGACGGCGCCAGGCUGUUCGUUGUGGCUGACAUCUGCUGGAGUCCUUUCUACCACGACCUGUUCAUCGCCGCUUAUAUGAGUGAGACGACAGGAAUAGUCAUCUCUGAUAAAGACUUCAAAAAUACUGUGUAUAUUGCUGUAAUGGUCAUGAACCGAAAGAGGGAGAAGAGAGCGAGCAUAAUGGCAGCUGGUAGAGAAGACGGAACCGUUAUCAUAUACGAUAUCCGUUCUCCUGUGUCCAUUCGUACUGUGUCCUCGUCUGCUGUGGGCGGGAAGCACCUCCUCCCUGUAUGCCAGGUACGCCUCCGGGUGGGCGUCGAUGUACCGGGGGUAGAUUUCGACUUCGAUUUUUUAAAUGUUCGAUUCUCUCUGGGGUACACCCAAAUGCAUGGGAAUCACCCCCGAGGACAAAGUUUUGGAGCUCCCUUGAUUGGCGUGGAUACAGGGGCCAUUUUCCAGGUGAGGACGACGUGUCACCACAGCAUCACCAGGUAUCCAGCUCACGUCGGCGCUGUCAGGAAUAUCACUUGGAAUCGACACCAUAUCCGGGUCUUCGCCACGUGCUCUAUAGAUUGGACGCUCAAGAUAUGGCUCUAUAAUUGCUUCUCGCCUGUCGUCACGCUGGACCUUGGAAGCCCCGUCGCUUGCUUAUCGUGGUCACCCUACAGCAGCAGCGUUCUCGCGGGGGUUUCUGACGAAGGGCGUGUCUACGUCUACGACCUGUUCCUUCGCAAGUGCCUCCCUCUGUGCUCUCAAAAUGUCACUCACAAGAGGCGGCUGAGUCUUUCCUGCGUGGCAUUCAACCCUUUUAGUCCGAUUAUCCUGGUCGGGGGGGAGAAGGGCUACCUCGUGACCCACAAGCUGUCGCCAAACCUCCGGAAACCUCUUGAGGAGACGAAGAUAACAGAUGAGGAGGCUGCGGAGAUUGAGCUGUGCAAGAUGGAGAGAAUCCUUGCUCUUAAUCAGGAGAACAAGUAG